UUCCUCUCACACACGCACACUCUCUUUUUCCCCCUUCCUCUCACACACGCACACUCUCUUUUUCCCCCUUCCUCUCACACACGCACACUCUCUUUCCCCCCUUCCUCUCACACACGCACUCUCUUUUUCCCCCUUCCUCUCACACACGCACACUCUCUUUUUCCCCCUUCCUCUCACGCACACACUCCUUCUCCCUGAGUCUCUCACACACCCUCUCUUAUUCGCUGUCUGCCUGUUGCACACCCAUGCAUUGCACACCCGUGCACUGCACACCCGUGCAGUGCACACCCGUGCAAUGCACACACACACUUCCUCGGACCCACCCACUUCCUCGGACCCACCCACUUCCUCGGACCCACCCACUUCCUCGCACCCACCCACUUCCUCGGACCCACCCACUUCCUCGCACCCACCCACUUCCUCGCACCCACCCACUUCCUCGCACCCACCCACUUCCUCGCACCCACCCACUUCCUCGCACCCACCCACUUCCUCGCACCCACCCACUUCCUCGCACCCACCCACUUCCUCGCUCCCACCCACUUCCUCGCACCCACCCACUUCCUCGCACCCACCCACUUCCUCGCACCCACCCACUUCAUCGCACCCACCCACUUCCUCGCACCCACCCACUUCCUCGCACCCACCCACUUCCUCCACCCACCCACUUCCUCGCACCCACCCACUUCCUCGCACCCACCCACUUCCUCGCACCCACCCACUUCCUCGCACCCACCCACUUCCUCGCACCCACCCACUUCCUCGCACCCACCCACUUCCUCGCACCCACCCACUUCCUCGCACCCACCCACUUCCUCGCACCCACCCACUUCUCGCACCCACCCACUUCCUCGCACCCACCCACUUCCUCGCACCCACCCACUUCCUCGCACCCACCCACUUCCUCGCACCCACCCACUUCCUCGCACCCACCCACUUCCUCGCACCCACCCACUUCCUCGCACCCACCCACUUCCUCGCACCCACCCACUUCCUCGCACCCACCCACUUCCUCGCUCCCACCCACUUCCUCGCACCCACCCACUUCCUCGCUCCCACCCACUUCCUCGCACCCACCCACUUCCUCGCACCCACCCACUUCCUCGCACCCCCCCACUUCCUCGCACCCACCCACUUCCUCGCACCCACCCACUUCCUCGCACCCACCCACUUCCUCGCACCCACCCACUUCCUCGCACCCACCCACUUCCUCGCACCCACCCACUUCCUCGCACCCACCCACUUCCUCGCACCCACCCACUUCCUCGCACCCACCCACUUCCUCGCACCCACCCACUUCCUCGCACCCACCCACUUCCUCGCACCCACCCACUUCCUCGCACCCACCCACUUCCUCGCACCCACCCACUUCAUCGCACCCACCCACUUCCUCGCACCCACCCACUUCCUCGCACCCACCCACUUCCUCGCACCCACCCACUUCCUCGCACCCACCCGCUUCCUCGCACCCACCCACUUCCUCGCUCCCACCCACUUCCUCGCACCCACCCACUUCCUCGCACCCACCAACUUCCUCGCACCCACCCACUUCCUCGCACCCACACGCUUCCUCGCACCCACCCACUUCCUCGCACCCACCCACUUCCUCGCUCCCACCCACUUCCUCGCACCCACCCACUUCCUCGCACCCACCCACCCACUUCCUCGCACCCACCCACUUCCUCGCACCCACCCACUUCCUCGCACCCACCCACUUCCUCGCACCCACCCACUUCCUCGCACCCACCCACUUCCUCGCACGUACCCACUUCCUCGCACCCACCAACUUCCUCGCACCCACCCACUUCCUCGCACCCACCCACUUCCUCGCACCCACCCACUUCCUCGCACCCACCCACUUCCUCGCACCCACCCACUUCCUCGCACCCACCCACUUCCUCGCACCCACCCACUUCCUCGCUCCCACCCACUUCCUCGCACCCACCCACUUCCUCGCACCCACCCACUUCCUCGCACCCACCCACUUCCUCGCUCCCACCCACUUCCUCGCACCCACCCACUUCCUCGCACCCACCCACUUCCUCGCACCCACCCACUUCCUCGCACCCACCCACUUCCUCGCACCCACCCACUUCCUCGCACCCACCCACUUCCUCGCACCCACCCACUUCCUCGCUCCCACCCACUUCCUCGCACCCACCCACUUCCUCGCACCCACCCACUUCCUC